CACUGGAUGGCUCAGAAGAACAUCACAAUGUUGAUCAAUAUUAUCAGAAGAUAAAGAGUGAAGAUUUGAACAUUAUUAAGACUACAGAAACAUAUGUGAAGAGUGAUGAGCAAAGUACUGAAGACAUUCCUACUGCUAACUCCCUAGAUGACUGUACCACAAGCUCAAAGAAACACCUGAUAUCGUUAGAUUUUACAGAAAAUGUUUGUGGUAUCAAAGAGGACACAUUUGAUAGCGUUAAUCAAUCAACUGAUCUUUUUCAAUGGGUCCGAUCUUUGGAUUCAUCACAGACUGUUAAGCAAAACAAAGAACAAGGAUGGGCUGAAACUCCAAGAACUCUCACAGGGGAGAAGCCGUAUUCAUGUUCAGAAUGUGGAGACUGUUUUAUGCAGAAAUUAGAUCUCAUUAAACACCAUAGAAUUCACAAGGAUGAAAAGCCAUUUUUGUGUUCACAUUGUGGGAAAUGUUUUAUACAGAAAUCAGAUCUCAUUAAACAUCAGAGAAUUCACACGGAUAUAAAAUCAUUUACAUGUUCAGAUUGUGGAAAAUGUUUUAUACAGAAAUCCGAUGUCAUUAAAUAUCUGAGAUUUCACAUGGAUAAAAAGUCAUUUUUGUGCUUGGAAUGUGGGAAAUGUUUUACGCUGAAAUCAGCUCUUGUUAUACAUCAGAGAAGUCACACAGGGGAGAAACCAUUUUUAUGUUCAGAAUGUGGGAAAUGUUUUAUCCAGAAAGCAGACCUUGUUGCACAUCAGAGAAUUCACACAGGAGAGAAACCAUUUUCAUGUUCGCAAUGUGGGAAAUGUUUUACUCACAGAUCAUCUUUAAUUGCCCAUCAAAUAAUGCACACAGGGGAGAAGCGGUUUUCCUGUUCAGAAUGUGGCAAAUGUUUUACUCAGAAAUCAGCUCUUGUUGUACAUCAGAGAAUUCACACAGGAGAGAAGCCAUUUUCAUGUUCAGAUUGUGGGAAAUGUUUUGCUCAGAAAUCACCUCUUGUUGCACAUCAGAGACUUCACAAAGCAGAGAAGCCAUUUUCACAUUAAGAGAGUCAUUUUUUGUUUCCUAUAAUUUUCAUGUUCUCAAUAUUUCAUAUUAUUAAACAUCUUUGAACUCCUACACAGAAGUCGUCAUAUCUUUUGGUUACAAGUCAAGAAAACAGGAAAGCAAUAUUGAGCACAAAAUAAUGAUUAAGAUAUAAAUAUGUAUGUGUCUUUUAUCCAAAAAACGAACAGAAUCCAGUUAACGCACCUAUUGAUCCACCAUAUGCAUAGAAUAUUUCACAAAGACAAACUUGUUAUCAAUUGUUAAUAAACAUUU